AUGCCUGUCAUCCCCGUUAUCGACGGCGAGCUCCUCUUCAAGAGGAUGGCUGCCGACAUGCCCGAGAUCGCACACAGCACCCUGGUAAAAAGGCUAGCGGACAUGUACGGCGUCACCAAAAGUAUCCUCGGUGAGGAGCACACAAAGUUGGACGUCUUUGGCGUUAUCCUCGGUAUAAUAUUUCUGAUGGGCUUGCUCUACUACUGGGGUAUCAAGAAGGACGGUGCGUGGAAAUGA